UUAUUGCAUAGAUUAAUAGCGCACAUUUUCUCUGGUUGCCAGGCCAUCCGGGUGCUGGAAGACGGUGUGGGCUGUGACAUAGUGAAGAUUGGCAGCCUGGUGCGCAACCGGGAGCGGUUCAUCAAGAGGCGCCAGAGGCUGCUGGGACCCAAUGGUACCACACUCAAGGCCAUCGAGCUGCUGACCAACUGCUAUGUCCUGGUGCAGGGCAACACAGUCGCCGCGCUUGGACCCUACAAGGGGCUGCAGCAUGUUCGCAAGAUAGUGGAAGACACAAUGAAGAACAUCCACCCCGUCUACAACAUCAAGGCCCUGAUGAUCAAGCGCGAGCUGGCCAAGGACCCCAAGCUGUGCAAUGAGAACUGGGAACGCUUCCUGCCGCACUUCAAGGCCCAGACGCUGUCCAAGCGUAAGAAGCCCAAGAAACAGCGCAUCAAGGGCGAGUACACGCCCUUCCCACCACCACAGCCAGAGAGUAAGAUGGACAAGGAGCUUGCCUCGGGCGAGUACUUCCUCAAGGAGCGUGAGCGCAAGACCAAGAAAAAGCAGGAGAAGGAGCAGGCCAAGGCCGAGGCCGAGGCCCAGCGCCAGGAACGCCGCAGCAAGUCCUUCCAGCCGCCUCCGGAACCCAAAUAUGUGCCCAAGAAGCAACCAGCAGUCAAGGAAGCGACUCCUGUGGACAUUGAGGCUUUAAAGAAGAAAGUGAAGGCAUCAUCAAAGAAGAAACCAGAGAAGAAGAUCCAGUGGCAAAGCUGAGUGGCAGCAAGUCGACGGCUUUUUCACUAUCGCUGCUGCUGUGCUGGGCUCGACACCUUCCUGUUAGGUGCACAGCUGCCACCAUCACUGUCAUCACCAUCAUCCUGUGCACCCAUGUACAGCUCUGGAUUGUGUCAUGUGCCACUGUUGUGUGUGUGGUAUAAGAUCAUUAAGUCCAAUAAAUGAAGUUAUUGUCUGUUA